AUGUCUUCCCUUUUCGAUGCAGUGCUCCAAUCGGAGCUGGGCUCGGCAACGGGCCGCCAGAAUAAUAUUCAGUCCGACCAUCUGCCCAGUUCGCGACGCUCCGAGAGCAAUGGCCCCAUGAGUGAUAUGAAUGCCUUCCCCGAUGAUCAAGUGGUCGGCACCAGCAGCUCGACUGUCAAUCGUCUUCGAAACCCCUACGCUGCCGGCCCCCCACCCGUGAUCGAUGAGGCUGGUGAGAAAGUGCAGCAAGCAUUCGAGGAGUUGCUCGAAACCUUUAUCGAAGAACCAUCCUCCUCUGCGCCCCCAACCUCCUCCCAGCGACUGAGCCCUCAGUAUUACGUGUCACAGAUCAAGGGGAUGAAGAAAUUCGAACUGUCGACCCUUUACGUGGACUUCACCCACCUGACAUCCCUCCCAAAUCCGAUUCUGGCCGAUGCCAUUGCCAGCCAGUACUACCGCUUCCAGCCCUUCUUGACCAAAGCUCUGCACAACCUGAUUGCCAAAUAUGAACCGGAAUAUUUCCUCUCCCACCGCCUCAACGGCAGCGCUUCGUCCGCGGCGAGCACUUCCGAUACCACCGCGUUUGCGAAUGUGUCUGAUAAAUCGGAGUUGGAUCAGCGCAUCCGCCAGAAGACGCGUCACCAGCAGACCGAUCGGCUGUUUUCCCUGGCAUUCUACAACCUGCCCCUAGUCUCCAGACUGCGGCAGCUUCGAACGGCGCAGAUCGGAAAGCUGUUAUCGGUAUCGGGAACAGUCACCCGGACUUCAGAAAUCCGACCAGAACUGUAUCUGGGGACUUUCAUCUGUGAGGGCUGCAGGUCCGUGGUCCAGAAUGUUGAGCAGACCUUCAAGUACACAGAACCAAGCGAGUGCCCGAACAAAACCUGCGGUAACCGCGUUGGGUGGCGUCUGGAUAUCGGGAAGAGUACAUUUGUGGAUUGGCAGAAAGUCAAGCUGCAGGAAUCAUCCCACGAAAUCCCCACCGGUAGCAUGCCGCGCACCAUGGACAUCAUCCUCCGUGGUGAGAUGGUCGACCGCGCCAAGGCCGGUGAACGGUGCAUUUUCACGGGUACCCUGAUCGUGGUCCCGGACGUGAGUCAACUAGGCCUGCCCGGGGUGCGCCCAGAAGCGGUUCGCGACAAUGGCGCUUUCCGCAGCACCGAGGUUGGUGGUGGUGGAGUGUCCGGUCUGAAGGCCCUGGGUGUUCGAGACCUUACCUACCGACUGGCCUUCCUUGCCUGCAUGGUGACCCCAGACCACACAACUCCCGGACAGAAGCCCGAGCAGCAGCUGAGCGGCCAGUCGGACAACAUUCUGGCUUCUCUGAAUCAAACCCAAGAAUCGGAUAUCCCGGGGGAGGAUGCGCAGGAAGCGUUCCUUCAAAAUCUUACACCCGCUGAAGUUCAAGACUUGAAACAGCUCGUCCAUACCGACCGCAUUUAUUCCAGAUUGGUAGAUUCAAUCGCGCCCAUGAUUUUUGGUCAUAAGCAAAUCAAGAAGGGAUUGCUCCUUCAGUUGCUCGGUGGUGUCAGCAAAAGGACGGAGCGGGAGAGCAUGCAACUGCGUGGUGAUAUCAACGUCUGUAUUGUUGGUGAUCCGUCCACCAGUAAGAGCCAGUUUUUGAAAUACAUCUGCUCUUUGCACCCCCGCGCAGUAUACACCAGUGGUAAGGCUUCGUCGGCUGCGGGUUUGACUGCCUCGGUCGUCAAGGAUCCCGAGACUGGAGAGUUCACCAUCGAGGCAGGUGCACUGAUGCUUGCAAACGGUGGUGGCAUUUGCGCAAUUGAUGAGUUUGACAAGAUGGACAUCGCCGAUCAGGUCGCCAUCCACGAAGCAAUGGAGCAACAGACUAUCUCCAUUGCCAAAGCUGGCAUUCACACCACUCUGAAUGCCCGCGCAUCUAUUCUUGCCGCCGCUAACCCCAUCGGCGGCCGUUACAACCCUAAACAAACCCUGCGUCAAAACUUGAACUUCAGCGCUCCGAUCAUGAGUCGUUUCGAUGUGUUCUUCGUCAUUCGUGACGAGCCCAAAGAGGCGGUGGACCGCAACCUGGCCAACCACAUUGUUAAUGUGCACAUGAAUCGCGAUGACGCCGUCGAGCCUGAGCUCAGCACCGAGCAGCUGCAGCGUUAUAUCCGGUUUGCGCGGACGUUCCGCCCUGUUUUCACGGACGAGGCCAAGGCCCUUUUAGUCGAAAAAUACAAGGAGCUCCGUGCCAAUGACGCGCAGGGAGGCAUGGGUCGCUCGUCAUACCGCAUCACCGUCCGUCAGCUCGAGUCUCUGAUUCGCUUGUCUGAAGCUGUUGCCAAGGCCAACUGUGUCGAGGAAAUCAUUCCCAAGUUUGUGAUUGAGGCCUACGAUCUCCUCCGCCAGAGUAUUGUAACAGUUGAGAAGGACGACGUCGAAGUGGAUGAGGAUGAAGCACCUGCUCGUGCAGCUAAUGGGGAUGAAGAUCAGGAGAUGGCCGACCAUGACCGGGACCGUGACGGCGACAGCCCCAUGCGCGAUGAUGCAGAACAGCAGCAGGCUCAGCAAGUACGCCAGAAGACAAAGAUCACCUGGGACAAGUACAAUGCGAUCAUGAACCUGAUCUUGCGGCGUGUUCAUGAAGAUGAGCAGAACUCGGGCGAGGGUGUCGAGCAAGAAGACCUUAUACUCUGGUACUUGGAGCAGAUUGAGAAUCAACUGAACACCAAAGAAGAUUACGACUCCGAGCGCAGUCUGACCGCGAAGGUCCUGAAGCGCAUGGUGAAGGACAAAUUACUUUUGCGUAUCACUGGCUCGGGUCUCAUGGAUUCCGAAGAGUCGAGUGCGGCCCAGGACAAGAUCCUCUACGUCAUGCACCCAGACUGUGUCUACGAAGAGAUGUGA